CACUGGUACUUUGAUAUGUAGAGCUAAUGAGAUUAGCUGCCUUUCAAAUGUGUAAAAAUACGUCAAAAACAAAUCCGUAUUGUACUCAUGUUCGGAUGAAAAYUCAUURUGAAAUAAUGAAAUAGGAAAAGUAAGAAGGACUAGUACGGAUCAAUCACUCAGCGAAAUCGUUAUUCAAUCUGCAAUCUGAGGACGUUUCCAGAUUUGCUCUGCUGGACUAUUAGUCAUUUGGUCGCUUUAUCUUAAGGAAAGGCUCACCAAAAAAAGAAACAAAAUGAAUAUUUCUUCCACUUCUCACGAAACAAGACAAGCACUCAGCGCUUUGAAUGGGAUUUUAGCAAUAUUUGGGACGGUUCUCAAUUUUUUGGUCUUUGUUGUGAUUAUUAAAAACGAAGAGCUUCAAAAUGGUUUAGAUCUACUUAUUGGUAACCUUUGCUUCGCUGAUCUGGCGGUGUGCUUCUUUGCGCAGCCAAUGUACGUUGUUGUGUUGAACAGACCAUUCGAUGACAAUCCGGAAGAGGCAAAGAAUUUUGAACAAGCAUUUUUAUAUCUKAGUAUGAUAACAAUGCAUGCAGUAGCAUUGAAUCUUCUUUGCAUUGCAAUCAAUCGCAUGCUCGCCAUCACGAAUCCCUUUACAAAUACCUUCUUCUUUUCAAAAUUCAAGAUUCUGAUGGUGAUMUGUUUYAUAUGGAUUUCCUCGAUCUGUCUCGCUGUAUUUAUUUUGACUCCUAUAGGCGAAAAGUACUUCUCACCGUAUUCCCACAUUGGGAUCAUUGUAGCUUUUCUAWCWUGCUAUGUUAGAAUUUUUUGGAUCGCAAGAAAACAGCAAAGACAGAUCAACAUUCAAAUGCAGUCUGUCAUCCACAAUCAUCGUCAAGURCGCCUGCAAAAAGCCAACCGAGCGACAAAGACAACCCUCUUGAUAGUGCUUUCUYURAUGGUAUGUUUUUUCCCGGACACUGUUUAUGACUUUCACCCAGAUUACAACGUGAACGAAGUCAGAAAAGACUGGCUUUUUACUUUGCUGUUUUUCAGUUGUUCGCUGAAUCCAUGCAUCUACAUGUGGAGGACUGACUCCUUUAAGAUGGCCGCCAAAAAGACAUUUUCCUUGCGCUAAUUCACUGUACAGAAAGUUGAAGAUUUUAUUUAAUCGAAUUACAAAGUUUUAGGAACUGCGCAUUGUAUGUGAGCUCAAGGAGGAAUAUGUUAUAGCUAUUUAUUUUGUAGGCAUAUAAAUGCAAAUAUAUAACAUACAUUGCUCAAACUGGACAAGUCAUGAAUUCAGUAGACACAACGUGACAAGAAAAGAAAUCAAUCCUCGACGUGUUUUAAAAGUGAAGUACGRUGCUGAAGGCACUUACAUCGUGUGCAAUUACGUGGCUACAGUUGUAUAUGUAAAGGAAAAUGUCGUAAAAUGAACAGAAAAUAUACCUAUUCUCAAUGUCAUUUAWACCCUAGUUGUAUUUAAAUAAAGUAUUGAAA